ACGCCGUCAGCGCCACCCUCGCCGCCGGCCCCGCAAAACUCCCCCUGCGUCACCCUCGCCGCCACCAGCGCCACCCUCGCCGCCUGCAUCUCCAUCGCCGCCAUCAGCGCCGCCCUCGCCACCCUCGCCGCCCGCAUCUCCAUCGCCGCCAUCAGCGCCGCCCUCACCGCCCUCGCCGCCCGCAUCUCCAUCGCCGCCCUCAGCGCCACCCUCGCCGCCCUCGCCGCCGUCGCCGCCCGCAUCACCAUCGCCGCCGUCAGCGCCACCCUCGCCGCCCUCACCGCCCUCGCCGCCCGCAUCUCCAUCGCCGCCGUCAGUGCCACCCUCGCCGCCCUCGCCGCCCUCGCCGCCCGCAUCUCCAUCGCCGCCGUCAGCGCCACCCUCGCCGCCCUCGCCGCCGUCGCCGCCCACAUCACCAUCGCCGCCAGCAGCGCCGCCCUCGCCGCCCUCACCGCCCUCGCCGCCCGCAUCUCCAUCGCCGCCGUCAGUGCCACCCUCGCCGCCCUCGCCGCCCUCGCCGCCCGCAUCUCCAUCGCCGCCGUCAGCGCCGCCCUCGCCGCCCUCGCCGCCCUCGCCGCCCUCGCCGCCCGCAUCUCCAUCGCCGCCAUCAGCGCCGCCCUCGCCGCCCUCGCCGCCCUCGCCGCCCUCGCCGCCCUCGCCGCCCGCAUCUUCAUCGCCGCCGUCAGCGCCGCCCUCGCCGCCCUCGCCGCCCUCGCCGCCCGCAUCUCCAUCGCCGCCGUUAGCGCCACCCUCGUCGCCGUCAUCGCCGUCUCCCCCUGCCCCACCCUCGCCGCCCCCACCGUCGCCGUCACCCCCUGCACCACCCUCGGCGGACCCACAGUAGCCUUCGCCGUCGACAACUUCGCCCUCGCCGCCACCGCCAUCGGCGCCGACUACGAGCCCACAGCCUCCGAGUCCACCGCCACCGAGCCCACCGCCUGCAA